UUGGCCUCACAGUUCUGAGGUACUGGGUUCAAUCCCAUCCCAAUCCCUGUUUGGAGUUUGCAUAUUCGCUCUGUGCCUCACACAUCCAUAAAAAUUAAACGUUAACAUUAAUUGGAAACUCUAAAUUGCCCCUAGGUGUGAUUGUGCAUGCGGCAGUUUCCGUCUCUAUGUGUCCUGCGAUGAUGGCUCGCAACCAGUUAAGGGUGUACCCCGCCUCCUGCCCGUUGACAGCUGGGAUAGGCUCCCGCGACAAUCGUGAGGAUAAGCGGCUAAGAAAAUGAAAAGGAUUUGGCCAGAGAGAAGGCCUCCAAGUCGUGUGACAGGAAAAGGCGUCCGAUUUGUUGAGCUUCACGUGCGAGCUCACGCUGCUUGCGCUGUGCUCGCGCGACACGUGGACGCUCACGCUGCUUCUCGAGCAUGCUUGUUUCUGCUCCUCACUGUCCAGGGAGCUCUCUCCGAGGUCUUCGGCACACUCAGGGCUCUGGCUCCCGCUCGGCUGUUUUUAAAGGCCGCUAAAAAUAACUCAACCUCCCUCCUUCCUUGUUUAGGCGGGCCAGACAGAGAGCUCCAGCCAAUGGCGAGCGUAGCAUCUUUCCAGCCCCGCCCCUCCCCCCCUCACCGGGCGGCCCCCUCCUAAAGCGAGCGGCGCAACGUCACGGACUUCAUUUACCUUGUAUGGUCACGAGAGCCAGCGACUGACAGGUGACUGCACCGCCCCCUGCCGGUCGAACCUGGCAACCCGAAGGCAGCCUGCCUUGCGCAGAGCGAGCGGAGGAGAAGCGGACCUGGCAACCCGCUGGCAGCCUGCAUGGCGAGCUGCCUGUGCGGAAGCAAAACUGGCAGGCAGCAAGCGACAAAACCAACUUUCAUUUUGCUCCUCUUUUGAAUAUUUUCAUUCAACCGCUCUCUAAUUUUGGGUUUGUAUGUGUCAACUGUAGUUGUUUUCUUUGUUGUUGUUUUCCUUCCCACCAAAACGCGAGAUAAGGAAAUAAUUGUUUGGAUGUGAGACUUCCGUGCGGACUUUUAUUAGUGGACCUUUUUCUUUUUCUUGUUAAUUUUGCCCACCAAGCAUGGACGUGCUGGCGAAUUACAGUAUAUUCCAGGAACUCCAACUGGUGCACGACACUGGUUAUUUCUCCGCGAUGCCUUCCCUGGAAGAGAACUGGCAGCAGACAUGUCUGGAGUUGGAACGUUACCUCCAGACGGAGCCCAGACGACUGUCGGAACUCCUGGACGAGGACCUGGACCGCCUCCUGGCCCCUGCCCUCACACGGGGAAGCGACAGCUAUGAGGGGCUUAUGGACCCUCUCCUGCCCAGUUUCCCGGCGCAGCCGAGCCCGCUCCCCAAAGUCCACGCCAAACUCCUUCAAACUUUGACAGACAGCAAGGAUCAAGUCCUGGUGGCGGGUGUGAGUGCCGCGCAGCUCAGUGCUGCCGUCACGUCGCUUACGCCGCCCUCGUCCCCCGAGUUGGGGCGCCACCUGGGGAAACAGGCGGGUGGUGCGCUCACGCUCAAGCUGGUGGCCAAGAAGGAGGGCCUUGGGGCGGCCAAGCUGGUGGCAGCACGGACGCUUACGUCCCCCCCGCCGCCGCCAGGCCUAGCGGAGGGGAUGCUGAGUGACGGGGAGCAGGGAUGCGGGCCCGGCCUGGCACAGGACUUGACUGAGAACAAGAAAAGAAUACACAGGUGUCAGUUUAAUGGCUGCCGCAAGGUUUACACCAAGAGCUCGCACCUCAAGGCACACCAGAGGACGCACACAGGCGAGAAGCCAUACAAGUGCUCGUGGGAAGGGUGCGAGUGGCGCUUCGCCCGCAGCGACGAGCUGACACGACACUAUCGCAAACACACUGGAGCCAAGCCCUUCAAGUGCAACCAUUGCGACAGGUGUUUCUCCAGGUCCGACCACCUGGCGCUGCACAUGAAGCGCCAUAUCUGAAGGGGGCGCCGCCUCCCAGCAGGACAGAACAACAAGAAGGGUGAAGAAGCCCGCCGACCACCACGCGGAGUCUCACGGAAGAGGAGGAGGAAUAGUUAGAUUGUUGCUUUUCAUUCACUGACACACACUGUUUUUAACACACCGUUUUCAAACGCAUCACACCGGUUUAACUUUUAGACUUUUCUUAGAUAAAGUCGUCACACGCUCGUCUUUGUAAAAUCCAGCUUACUGGAUUUUGGUUUUACGGCGAUUCCUCUUGAGAGCGCCAUCCAUCCCAAGAUAAGGACACAAUCUGACAUCCCAGAGACUCGCCGCCAUCUUGCCCGGCUCUCCUCCGACGCCAACGAUGCAACGGCAGCCGACGCGUGGCACCUGGCAAUGAGAAAAUGCGCAGCGACACUUUGAUUUUUUUUCUACUGGGAGAACCACUAGGAUUCUUCUUAGUGAUGACAUUUGAUACACUUUUUGCUCUUUGUCUCAUUGGAAGAAAAAUGUCUUGGAACUCUGCUGAAUGUGAGAGGACUAGCCAAUCAAAGAAACAGGAACAGGGAGUGCUUCUUUCAAAACGUCCCAGUUUGUGCCGCAGGAUGUGGGAGGCCACAAGGAAUGCCGCUGAUUAGCUGCUAAGUUAGCUGCUAACAUAGCCGAAAAUUAGCCAACAUUUGCCGCUAAUUUAAAUGUAAAUUUAGCCGCUAACUUGUUAGCUGAUGACUGCACUGACUUUUUUUCUAAUGUUCCGUGCUUUUUACUACUGCUAAUGGAAAAAAACUCAACAAAAAAUGAUGAAAAAUCACAAAAACACAUUAUGAACAUGCACGCACACCCACACACACACUCUUGAUGUUCAAAUGGCUUUUCACAUUUUUUUUCCUGACGAGAAAUGAUCUUAUCCUGGGUUCCAUAGUAAUCUUUUCUCGAUCCACUUUUGUCAUACUUUUCUCUUUGUAAACAUCAACCGUGGUCGCUGGAAAAUUGCACCUCGCUGGUCCCGUUGACGGGGUAAAAACCUCGGGGGGGUGGCACGGGAGGCUCCACAGUGCAGCUUGGAACAAUCGAUACCAAAAACCUCCAGCGUGGAUUCACCAUUUUGAGGCAGCUCCACCACGUUCCCUCAUGGAGGGAAAGGGGGUACGAAAAAAAAGACCACCGUCCAUCAACGACAGUUUACCCUCCAUUUGCUGUUGUGUGUAAAGCUACCCACGUGGAAAAGUCUGUGAAAUUGGACUAUUGAAUUUCCCACUUUCUAAGGUAUGAUCAGAAGCGAGAUGACGGCUGUGUGGAAUUUUUAACACUGACGCUCACUUUUCCAGGCCUGUUGCGUCAAAAGCAAUUGUCCAACUAUUUUAUACUGCUUUGCUGGUUUAGACGUUAAAGGGGUGUUUGAAAGUUGCACUCGUAAUGAGAUGUACAAUCACGGUGGGACGCCAGUUGCACUCUUCAAAGCACGAACGUCUGGCUGCGUCUGUGUCAUUACAAAACUCAUCAAAAACAUUUUUUUUUCGGACGCUUCAGCCUUGCUCGACCUUGUUUUGUUUCAGCUUGACUCCCCGCUAGCUUCCGAUUAGCAUAAGCACUAGCGGUGUCACAAUUCAUUGAUUCAUCUACAACUAAUCAAUAACCACAUUAAUAAACAACUACUUUGAUAAUUGA